UCUAGUUUCACUAGGUUUACGGGGUGUUGUGGGACGUGUGUCUGAGUAAAAUGUCUGUCGGUCAUGAGACAGGGUUUGCACAAGGUGCUUGGAAGUGCUUAAAUCCAAGUACUGGAAUACCUUGAAAAUCAGACAUUUUCUCAAGUUGGUUCUUGAAGAACAGAUAAUGAUCAAAUAUUUUGGAGUAAUGUAUUGAUCUUGCAAAUGAAUUUCCAGGCAGACUGCAGUUUUAUUUCCUCACGUGUUUCACAUUCUAGUUUCCAGGCGAGCUCGCUCAUUCCACCCACACUGCCACUCAGCCAGGCAGCUACAGAACUGAUUGAUUAGGCGCUGCCAAACGUCACAUCGAUAGCUAAAAUGCUGGGCAAUUGUAUAUUCAAUGCUACCUUUUGUGCGCAUGGAAAAGGUCUAGGAUCUUUUAUUUCAGCUCAUGAAACAUGGACCAACACUUUUUAAAUGUUGCGUUUUUAUAUAUUUGUUCAGUAUAGUUUACCAACCAACCCACACCAUGUAAGGUGUAAAAAAAAAUGCGUUGGACUUUAGCAUUAUGAGCAUGGGUGAAACGGCACUGGAGAGCCACACGACGGCGGAUCCCUGGAGAGCCACACGACGGCGGAUCCCUGGAGAGCCACACGACGGCGGAUCCCUGGAGAGCCACACGACGGCGGAUCCCUGGAGAGCCACACGACGGCGGAUCCCUGGAGAGCCACACGACGGCGGAUCCCUGGAGAGCCACACGACGGCGGAUCCCUGGAGAGCCACACGACGGCGGAUCCCUGGAGAGCCACACGACGGCGGAUCCCUGGAGAGCCACACGACGGCGGAUCCCUGGAGAGCCACACGACGGCGGAUCCCUGGAGAGCCACACGACGGCGGAUCCCUGGAGAGCCACACGACGGCGGAUCCCUGGAGAGCCACACGACGCUGUAUCUUGUGCUGGCGCCAUUUCUACAUUGUGACUCUUUCCCUUCAACCUCCAGAGCUUUUUUUGCUGAUCGCCUCAUUCACGGGACGCCCGCGAUAUUCUGCUUCAUCAAGCAGCAGGCGCCCUCCUUCCGUUCUGGUGGCCGUUCACGUGAGGUUUUCCCUCACAGCCCACCUGACCGGAGACACUAAAGCUGCCAGUCAGAAGCAAGGGGCUUUUUCGUAGCUAUUAAGUAGUAGCUUCCCAAGGCCCAAUAAACACAGUCAUUAAGCUGGAAUGGUUGAGUAAUGUGAAUAGGACAUGUGUGUUCACCAGAGUCCCAAAACUCUGCUCAUCACUACUACAAUUACAUCAUCAAUACUGACUUACCACUCAUGUAUGUAGUGAAACAAUGUAUUAUUGACUACAACUUUCAAGUAGUAAUGAAUACGAAGUUUGUUUUGUUUAAAAUGAGGUUGAAAGACUGCCAUUCUGGUGGCGACUAGAAACAACUGCAUAAUAUCAACUAUUACAUAUUGAUGGUCCUUGAAAAUUAUUCUCAGUGUGAGGAAGAAGUACUUGAAUUUGACUGUAUGAACCCUGAUGAACUGUAAUGUCAAUGUGUGCUCCAGGUUAUG